AUGGAGCACAUCGGCGGUGGCGAGGUUGAGGAAUGCCGCAUCUGCUGCGAGGAGUACGCGCACGGGAGUCGCAAGCGGAUUUUGCCCUGCAACCACGCCUUUCACCCGGCAUGCGUGGACCUCUGGCUCCUGGGCAGCCGCGCCGCCGCUCGACAGCUUUCUCCUGCAGGCGCGGCUCGGGCCCUUGAACUCGACGGCCACGAGCCGCGGUGA